AUGUACGUCCGUCACACCCACUGGUCACUACAUGUAUGUACGUCCAUCACACCGCCACAUGACCAUAUGUAUGUACGUCCGUCACUCCCACUGGUCACUACAUGUAUCUAUGGUUUUUAUGGUAUUUUUGGUUUUUAUGUUAUACAUGGUGUUUUAGUUAUUUGCGAUUGUGAUGUUUUUGCCAGCGUAUGGAUUCUAGAAUUAAAAAGUUCUGUAUUUCUGACGAGAGCACUUAUGGAUCAAAAUAAAGAACGAGCGUCAGAAGAACAAAUUAAUUUAACAACAAUAUUGACACCAUCUGAGUAUUCAAUAUUCGAUGAAUAUGAAAAACAAUGUUUUACAGGCGAAUAUUUGUUUUUUUCUAUGUUGCCGGCCACAAGUCAUUUUAGUCAGAAAUCGUAUUUUACUCAUUUGGUCGGUAAUCAACAAAUUGGUUUGAAUUUUUAUCAUAUCUAUGUUGGAGACAGUGGUAGUGCUAAAUCGCAACAUAUUAGUGAAAUUAUUCGUUCAGCAAAAGCUACACAAAAAUUAUUCUCAUCUACAUAUAUUGCUACAUUUCCAAUUGGAAUAAAUAAUGGAAAACGAGAAGAAUCAUCCAUUGUUGAAGAGCCAAGUGUCGUCGGUUUGCUAAAUUAUCUUCAGCAAGGUGACAAACUUUUGGCAAAUGCUGAAAUUGAUGCGUAUUUCGAUAAAAUCGGAUUGUACAAUCAGUCAAGUACCACAGCCACUGAAGUUGGCUCAAGUUUAUGCUUAGCAUUUUAUUGGGUUAGAGAUUUUAGUCGUCAAACUGGAUCAUCAGCUCUAUCAAUCAAAAAUGCAAAGUUAUCGCUCAUUGGAGGAACAACGGGUUGCAAAUUGGCAUUGCUAUUGAUGAAAGUCAUUAAAUUAACAGGAUUUGAAGGCGUGUUCAACAGAAUGUUGUAUUUAUGCAUGAAAAAAAAACGAGGGAUACGACCACAAGAUAAAAAGCGGCAAAGACAAAAUGAUCGACCGUUAAUUACACAUCUGAACAUUGUUGUUCACUGCUUUGGUUCAUGCGAGUAUCGUUUUGAACAGAAUGAAGAUGAUCAGCCAUUACUUGAAAGAGAAAAUUAUAAUGAAAAUGAUGUGUAUAAAUAUGAUCAAGAAAGUAAAAAUCAAGAUGAUUUAUUGUUAAAUAUAGUUUCAAUGCGUGAAUCAAUGUCAUUGACAUCACCUAAUUCUCCGCUUCAAAGAAAUGAAGACAAAGAUGGUACAAAUGAUAAGUUUAGUGCGUAUUAUUAUGUCUUCAAUACCACUGCUGACGAAAUUGACACGAUACCAUAUAUUCAUACUCGACAUUACCGUGAUAUUUUAGCGAAAGCAGCCGUUAUUUAUCCAAAAUUAUGUGUUAAUAUGCAAUUAUUCAGAAAUUCAAUGGCUGUCCUCGAAGCAUUGGAAGGAGAAUAUCAAUUUCAAGAUGGGAUCAAAAACAGUGGAACAAUUCCAUUUGAAUUUAUUGAGAAAGUGAAAGAUAAAAUUAAUGAAAUGUUCCUUGCAAAAGCAGAAACAAAUGAAAAUGGUUUAAAAAUCUUAUAUGUAACAAAAGACGUUUGUGUUGGUGCAAAAAAAUAUUAUAAACAUUUACAAAACAUUUCGUUCGAGUUAUUUAAUAUAAAUGAAGGUGAUCCGCUUAAAAAAUCGCCAAUAUUAUCAGAAUCAACAAAAUUAAAACAAAAUGCAUUCCCUUAUAUAAUCCAUCCUGUUGUUGUUGACCAAGUUCGAUCAAAAAUAAAAAAGUACGGCUAUAAAUUAUUAUUAAAAUUGCAAUUUAAUAUAUUUAAUAAAUCAAUGUUGAAUAGAAAUAAAAUAUUAGGAGAUGGAUCAUUAAAAAAUAUUUCACCAGACGUCAUUGAUGAAUUGUUACUGGACUUGAGUCGCCGAGAUUUAUUGGUAAGAGGAAUUGACAAAUGGAUUCAGGGUCAAACGGGUUCAUAUGAUAGUUGGAUGAAAGCGAAAUCGCCACCACCCGGAUAUGAACGAGAUCUGUUCGAAUCGCAUUUGUUGGCAUACAAUAUUCCAAUUGAAGAAUAUAACAAUGUAUAUAUACAAUCAUCUCUACUCGAUUUUUAUCAUUUAACUGAUGCAGCAGUUUUGUUCUUUGAUACACAUUUGUGGUAUGCAUCUGAAUACCAUAAAUAUCCACUUGAUUUAAAUAAUACGAUCAAUCAGAAACUAAAUGACGGAAUAAUAAUAUUUAAUACAGUUAUAAAUAGUUAUGAAAUCAAUCCAAAUGGUCCAAAUUCAGAGAGUGAUGAAUUAUUAGUUUCAUCAGUAGCUGCUUCGGUGCAACUGAUUGAUUCAUGGGCAGAUCAGACUUCAGAAUCAACAACACUCAGACGAACCCCACUACAAACAAUAUCUAAUUUACAGAGUGCUGAUCAGCUGGAUUCAUUAGCAAUAAAUACAUUAUUAUCAAGAGAUGCAAACAACAACCGAAAGACAACAUCCGAGUUUAACGAUGAAAAACAAACCAAUAAACAAAUUCAUCCUCGAAACCAAGAAGGUCGUUCAACCGUAGCCGAGCCUGUCAAUUCAUACGAUCAACAGCCAGUAGUCGAAGAAAUAUUAGAAACUUUGUUAAUGGAUGUAGACACACGUGAAAAUCAGUCUACAACCAGUCCUCCUAACAAUCACAUACAUAAUCAAGUUGGCAUCGAAGUAACCACAAAUAUCCAUACAGUUGCUCUCGAUUAUGGUGAUUAUAUUGAAAGUAAUCAUGUUGAACAAAUGCAUAGCAUUCAAAGAUACUAUCAUACUGAACACGAGUCGGAGAUACAUCGUGAAAGCGAAGAACAAAUUGGCCGUCAUGAUUAUCCCGAAACUAAUAAUAUUCUGGUAGAACAUAGCGGAACGACAUCAGUAGUAUCUUCUGAUCAACGAUUAAUAACUGAGUCGGCAUUAUCAUUCGCACUUUCAACAGUAGUGCAGCAGUCCACUGAUCAGUUAGUCGAUGUAACAAUUAGAAAAAUUUCUCGAGCAAUUUUAACAUCAUCUUCAGCAUUAUUAGCUUUGAAAGAUAUUAUUUUAAGAUCUACACAUGUUAGUGUGUCAACUCGGUCGGCAGCAGUUGAACAGUUGAUAAAAGGUUGUCUAUUACAUAAAGAUUUUUAUUUUGCUACGUGGAAUAAGAAAGAGAAUACUUUAAAAGCUCAAAUCGGUUAUCUGAAAUGUUUUCCAGACGAUUUUGAUACUGUUUCGAAAAUGAAAUUUAUUCAUACAUUACAUAAAUAUGAUCUGGUCACAAUAUCUCGCAUCAUUCAAUAA